AGUGGAGAAUAGUGAAGCGCUCAACAAAUAUUUUCCUUCUUCAUUCCCAUAUAUGCCAAAAGACAUUGAUUUCUCCGUUUAAAGCCCUCUUAAGCAGCACAAUACCUACUCUUCUUCUUUCGCUAGAACAAUCAAUCCUUUGCUUCCAUUUACCACCAAAAAAUGGAAGGGGAGUUGAGACCCAUGGACGCUGAGCAACUCAGAGAGUAUGGACAUCAGAUGGUUGAUUUUAUUGCUGAUUACUAUAAAACCAUUGAGAAUUUCCCUGUUCUCAGCCAAGUGGAGCCUGGGUAUCUUCAUAAGCUUCUGCCAGAUUCUGCACCAAAUCAACCUGAGGCAUUGCAGAAUGUUCUUGAUGAUGUUAGAGUAAAGAUUUUACCAGGAGUGACCCAUUGGCAAAGCCCAAACUAUUUUGCAUAUUAUCCUUCUAACAGUAGUGUUGCCGGAUUUUUGGGAGAAAUGCUUAGUGCUGGUAUCAAUAUGAUUGGUUUCAGCUGGAUAACUUCUCCUGCUGCAACAGAGCUUGAAAUGAUCGUUCUAGACUGGCUUGGAAAAAUGCUCAAGCUCCCUGAAGAAUUUCUCUCUUCAGGACAAGGAGGUGGAGUAAUACAGGGUACUGCUAGUGAAGCUGUUCUAGUUGUACUACUAGCUGCCCGAGACAAGGUCUUGACAAGGGUUGGAAAAGAUUCCCUUAAAAAGCUUGUGGUUUAUGGAUCUGAUCAAACACAUUCAGCUUUGCAAAAGGCCUGCCAGAUAGCAGGAGUUCAUCUGGAUAAUUGCAGGCUGCUAAAGACAGACUCUUCCAAAAACUAUGCUCUUUCCCCAGAUAUACUUUGUGAUGCAAUUUCGCAAGACAUGUCCAAUGGAUUGAUUCCCUUCUUUUUAUGUGCUACUGUUGGCACUACUUCAUCAGCAACUGUUGAUCCAUUGCUUGCACUAGGAAAGAUUGCUAAGAAAUAUGGAAUGUGGUUUCAUGUGGAUGCCGCCUAUGCUGGAAGUGCUUGUAUAUGCCCAGAGUACCGCUGUUACAUUGAUGGUGUUGAGGAAGCUGACUCUUUUAACAUGAAUGCGCAUAAAUGGUUCCUAACAAACUUUGAUUGCUCAGCCCUUUGGGUGAAGGAUAGGAAUGCUCUUAUUCAGUCACUUUCUACAAAUCCAGAGUUUCUAAAAAACAAAGCUUCCCAAGCAAACAUGGUUGUGGAUUACAAAGAUUGGCAAAUUCCUCUUGGACGUCGAUUUAGGUCGUUGAAACUGUGGAUGGUAUUACGAUUAUAUGGUGUGGCAAAUCUACAGCGCUACAUCAGAAAUCAUAUUAACUUGGCUAAAUAUUUUGAAGGGCUUGUUACUGGAGACAGUAGGUUUGAGAUAAUGAGGAGUUUGAUACUAUCCAAGAGGCUUGAACUGCUCAAUGUUUAGGUGAGACUAUGAGGACAGAAUAGGCAAUGGGAAUGGAAAAUACUGCAGCCAGGCGAUUUGUGGAGCUUACAGUUCUUAAAGAUAUUUAAUGAUUUCAGUCUUGACAGAAAACUGGUAGGGCCAACAUUUUUUACAAGCCCCCUAUCCGUGAUCCAUAUAUCUAGGCAUCACCUUAUUAGUUUAAGGAUAUAAUUGUGGCUGUAUACUUGAUGUUACGAUUUCAUGUUUGGGGGAAGCAAUUACUUCAGUAAGCAACUUGAAGUUCAACUAGCAUUCGUUGGUAUUACAACUUGUUAACUUGAGAGGAUAGCUGAUGCCAGAAAACCAAUCCACGUCGACUCUGGUGAUAGUUAUCAUGCUGCAACACUAGAAUUGGUAUUGCUGGAAAGAUGGAUGAAUUGAUUUCGAAUGACUAUCUUAUUAUUUGACUGUAAUUGGAUGAAUAAUGCCCCUUCAGCCAGUGCUGCCUUUUGGAAUUAGCUGUUAUUGGAUUUAACACAGUGAAGUAUGCUUGUCUAACAUACUAACUCAACUGGAUUGACUAACAAAUUGCCUCAAAAGGUUGUAAAAUAGGAAUUAUGGGUAGGUUUAGCAGCCUGCCUUCAUGCUAGAACAGGACAGUAGCUUCCACUCUGAAAUUCUCUUUCUGUACAAGGCUACAAUGGUAUGCUAUAGUUCUUGUAUGGCAGUGCUUGUGAUGAAAAUGACUUCAUAAAUUCAUAGUGGACUGGAAGGUUGAAAAAUGAUGCUACAGAACUAGUUGUUUUAAGUUAUAGAUGUAGUAUGCUUCAUGUUUAUACACGUGAUAUUUUUAGAUUCUGCAUGGCUGUGGUUUUUUCCUUAAAUGGUUUUG